AUGUCUGCACGUGGCUUCCAUGACUGGGAAGAAGCCCAGUACAAGCACAAUUUCCGGAUGGGAAGGGAGGCAUUUUGGCGUCUGCACGCACUGGUGAAAGUACCUCUGACAAAACAGGAUACGCAUCUGAGGAAGUGUGUGCCUUCGUGCAAACGUCUAGCUAUCACUCUUCAUUGGUUUGCGCAUGCCCCGUCGUUUUCUCAGCUAGCACUGCUGUAUGGAGUUGGCAAAACUACUGCUGUGCAUAUCGUCCAUGAGACUGCUGCGGUUUUCAAGGCUGCACUUGUGGCAAAAUCGGUAGCGUUCCCUGAAGGUGCUGAGCUGAACCGAGUCAUGAUUGAUUUCCAGGAUUUGUGUGGUCUGCCGUAUUGCGCUGGCGCCAUAGAUGGAACUUUCAUGGAGAUAGAGAAGCCUGUGGCACACGGUGAUGUGUACUGGUGUUAUAAAAAGUAUCCGUCCAUUAUGAUACUAGGCACUGUGGACGCCAGAGGGAUAUUUACGAAUGUCAACUGUGGGCGACCGGGAUCUGUUGGUGACGCCGCGGCAUUUGCGUCGUCUGCAUUACGACAGAACAUUGUGGACAAGAAAUGGUUGGUGUCCAACCCACUGCCCAUCGGUCAACUACAAAUUCAGCCCUAUCUGGUUGCCGACUCCGCAUUUGCCCUGAACACCUUCACCAUGAAGUGCUUCACCACCCCAGUCACCCCCGCACAGCAGUCCUUUAACUAUCGGCUGAUUCGGACUCGGCGCGUAGUUGAACAAGCCUUCGGAAGGCUCAAAGGUCGCUUCCGAAUUUUAGUCCAUAGCAGCAUCAGGGAUCCCCGCUUCGCUGCUGAUGUCGCUGUUGUUGCCUGCGCUCUGCACAACGUGUGCGAGCGGUGGAGCUGCCCCUAUGAGCAGCAGUGGACAGUCGACCCUGCGCAGUAUGCCAUGCACCAUCCUGGACCUGACGACCAUGCCAAUGUUCAACGAGAAGAGGGUGGUGAUGCCGUCAGGAAUGCACUUGCCAGCUAUGCCCAUGAAAAUUUCCCCUUGCAGGUUGUGUAG